AUGACAUUAAAUGAAAAUGAAGUAGGCUUGAUAUUAAGUUAUGGAAAAAAUUUUUAUGCUGAUAAAAUAACAGAAACAGAAAAUCAAAUAAAAGCUAUUUUUGAUAGCAUUUCUUUGAAAUUAGGAACAAGGGAAGUUGAAACGGGACUAGCCCCACCUAGUACUUGGAAUCUAAGUUUAGAUACCCGUAGGACCCAAUCAGAACAAAGUUUGCAAGUAGCAAGAGUGUGUAAAGUGAUAGAAGGAUAUCAAGAACCUAGGUACAUGAUAAACAUUAAACAAAUGGCUAAAUUUGUUGUUGGGAAAGGUAAAAAAUUAGAUGCUUCACUUAUUCAAGAUGGAAUGAGAGUGGGGGUUGAUAGAGUUAAAUAUCAAGUUUUACAGCCUCUUCCUAGAAAAAUUGAUGCAAGUGUUACUCUAAUGCAGGUUGAAGAACGGCCUGAUGUUACAUACAAUGACAUUGGUGGGUGUAAGGAAGAAAUAGAAAAAAUUAGAGAAGUAGUAGAAAAACCUCUUUUAGAACCAGAAAAAUUUAUAAAUUUAGGAAUAGAUCCACCAAAAGGGGUACUUUUGUAUGGCCCUCCAGGUACAGGCAAAACUUUACUUGCUAGAGCAGUGGCUAACAGAACGGAUGCUUGUUUUAUUCGAGUCAUUGGUUCAGAACUAGUACAAAAGUAUGUAGGAGAAGGUGCUAGAAUGGUAAGAGAAAUUUUUGAAAUGGCAAAAACAAGAAGAGCUUGUAUUAUAUUUUUUGACGAGGUCGAUGCUUUUGGUGGAACCAGAUUUGAGGAUAGUGGUGAAAAUGAAGUUCAAAGAACUAUGCUUGAAUUAAUUAAUCAACUUGAUGGAUUUGAUAGUAGAGGAAACAUAAAAGUUCUAAUGGCUACUAACAGGCCCGAUACAUUAGAUCCUGCUUUAUUAAGACCAGGUAGAUUGGACAGAAAAGUAGAAUUUUCAUUACCUGAUUUAGAAGGUAGAACUGCUAUUCUAAAAAUACAUGCUAAAACAAUGAGUGUUGAUAAAGACAUUAGGUACGAAUUAAUAGCCAGAUUAUGUAACAAUGCUACAGGUGCAGAGUUGAGAAGUGUUUGUACAGAAGCAGGGAUGUUUGCUAUUAGGGAUAGAAGAAAAAUAGCAACAGAAGAAGAUUUUCUUAAAAGUGUAGACAAAGUUAUUAAGGGAUAUGCUAAAUUUUCUAGUACACCUAGAUAUCUUACAUAUAAUUAA